UUCAUUCAAAAAUAAAAUAAAAAUUGUUUCAUUAGAUCUGGUGAUCAAUUUAUUUUCAUUAGACCGCUCUGCUACUUGGAGCUCUAAUGACAGCAGUUACACCAAUAAAAUCCAUUUUUCUUGUUCCUUCUAAUGCUCCUAGAUUGAAAUCGAUUGGGUUAACAAAAACCCAUCAAAGAUUUCAAUCAAAUGUAAUCUCAAAAGGGAUCAAAUGGGAAGAAAACACAAGUUUUGUUCAAAAAAGAUUGAAAACAGAGGAAAAGAAUGGGAUUACUAAAAGGAAGAUUAGUUGUAGAGCAGAGGGAGUAGACAGAGGUUUCUUAGUGGGUACUGAAGCAGGAAGAGUAGCUGAAGAAAAAGAAGAACGAAGAAGAGAAAGUGGGUUAUUUGGGAUUGUAUUGACAGAGAGAUUGAAGGUGGUUUCAUUGGUGGCAUUUGUUAUGUGUUUGUGUAAUGCUGAUAGAGUUGUCAUGUCUGUUGCUAUUGUUCCUCUUGCUGAAGCUCAUGGCUGGAGCAGUUCUUUCCUUGGUAUUGUUCAGUCAUCUUUUCUAUGGGGAUACAUUUUCUCAUCAGUAAUUGGAGGAGCUUUGGCUGAUAAAUAUGGUGGGAAGCGCGUCCUUGCUUGGGGUGUUACAGUAUGGUCCUUGGCUACACUUCUUACACCAUGGGCAGCUAACCAUUCCACAGCCAUGCUCUUAGCCGUUCGAGCAGUAUUUGGACUGGCUGAAGGUGUCGCUUUUCCCUCCAUGAACACUCUCUUAUCUAGGUGGUUUCCUUGUAAUGAACGUGCAAGUGCAGUUGGAAUUUCCAUGGCUGGUUUUCAUAUCGGGAAUGUUAUAAGCUUUCUUUUAACACCUAUAAUAAUGUCGACCAUCGGAAUUCAUGGAGCAUUUGCUCUAUUUUCAUCUCUUGGACUAUUAUGGCUUACAGUAUGGUUACCUGGGGUAACUAAUGAUCCACGAGAAAGUCGUCUCAUUAGUGAUACAGAGUUGGAGUUGAUUCAAGCUGGAAAAACAGAAACAAUAAUGAAUAGUGGCAAGCUUCCAUCUCUACGAGAACUGUUCUCAAAGAUACCAACUUGGGCGAUUGUCUUUGCUAACGUUACCAACAAUUGGGGAUACUUUGUUCUCCUCUCAUGGAUGCCUGUAUAUUUCAAGACUGUAUUCAAUGUGAACUUGAAACAAGCCGCUUGGUUCAGUGCCGUACCUUGGGGAAUGAUGGCCAUUGCGGGCUACAUUGCUGGUAGAGCUUCAGAUUAUUUGAUCAAAGCAGGAUACUCAAUCACACUUGUCCGAAAGAUCAUGCAGUCAAUUGGAUUCAUUGGUCCUGGAGUGUCGCUUCUUUGCUUGAACUAUGCAAAAACACCAACAGCUGCAUCAAUAUGCUUGACUGCAGCUCUAAGUUUGAGUGCAUUCAGCCAAGCAGGUUUUCUCCUCAAUAUGCAAGACAUAGCUCCGCAAUAUGCAGGGUUUCUCCAUGGAAUCACAAAUUCGGUAGGAACAUUAGCAGCGAUAGUUAGCACAAUUGGUACCGGUUAUUUUGUUCAGUGGUUGGGAUCAUUCCAAGCUUUCUUAACAGUAACCGCAGUUUUAUACUUCAUUACCACCAUUUUUUGGAACGUUUAUGCAACCGGAGAGCGUGUAUUCUACUAACAAAAGAAUGAAGAUUUUACAUGUCUCUAUGUCGAAGCUCAUUUUGAUCUGCGUAUGGAUCCGUUCCUCGAUGUAGAAUCGCCAGCAUCGAACGGGAAGUUUUGGUAGACACAUGCAUCAUCUACCUAAAUCAAGCUCCUCAAGGGUCAGCACUAUGAAUUACAGCACAUUUAACAGCCUGAACCGGGUUAUGGUUCAAAUUUAUAAUCAGUCUGAUUAUAUUAAAAUUCGUCGAUUUAUCAAUUUAGCAUUGACAAGAAGGCAAUGCUAGUACAUGUUCUCAUUUUUUUUUUCCGAGGUAAAUAAUUUUAAUAAUGUUUUUUAAUUUAUUAAUUGGCCAAUUUUUUUAUAAAACUUAAUGAAAUUACAUUCGGGGAA